GCAGCCGGAGAGCUGAGCUGAGCUGAGCGGAGCGGAGCGUAGCGCGCCUCGCCAGCGCAGCCUCGAAGCCUGAGCAGAAGACGGGGAAAAAGGAGAAACGCGCUCGAAUCGUCAGCGGCAGAGCGAAAAAUUCGAGUGUUUUAUUGAAUUUUCUGCAGCGAACGCGGAGCAGCUCGCCGGCGGAGAAUAUUUCAAAUUUGCCUCAGAAGAGAGAACCAGAGUACCGGGGCCAUGUACGAUGGGGCAAGGGCGCCUUCUCCUCAGGAUGGCGCUAACGGCUUCCCCCAGCCGGGGGCAUCCACAGGCAGGCCAAAGCCAGAGGAGGAGGUGCAGAAGCCAGAGCCAAUGCCGGCAAAGAAGGCCCAUCGGGAGAUCCUGGACCACGAGCGGAAGCGGAGAGUAGAGCUGAAGUGUAUGGAGUUGCAGGAGAUGAUGGAGGAGCAGGGGUACCCUGAGGAGGAGAUCCGGCAGAAGGUGGGCACAUUCCGGCAGAUGCUGAUGGAGAAGGAGGGCGUGAUCACCAGGGAGGGCUCACACAGGCGCCAAGUUGUGAACCACAUGACUCAUGGCAAUGAGGAAGAAGAGGAAGAUGACGAAGAGCUGGCCGAGGGUUACGCUGCAGAAUGCGACUGCAGCGCUGACUGCUACGACAGGGACUCAGAAGGUCACGGCGAUUACAGAAUGAAGAGGAAAUCAAGUAGUUCUCCAUCCCCACCACCAAAAAAGAGGAAGAAGAAGAAAUCUGGUCGCCACCGCAGCCGGUUUGACAGCUCAUCCCCACCACGCAGAGAGAAGAAGAAGAAGAGUGGGAAGAAACGCAAGCGAGACAGAUCUACAUCGGGUUUGAGGAAGAAGAGGAGGUACAGGUCUGGAAGUCCAAAGAACAAACACAAAGACAAGAACAAACCGAGAAAGAGGUCACCUCUGGACUCACCCAACAGGAGGUCACAUCGCAGGGGCAGUUGCUGUAGCUCUCGAAGCGCCUCCAUCUCUUCCACUGGGAGCCUUUCCAAGUCCCCCAGCAGGCCCACUCUGAAGCACAGAGCAGAGGGACACAAGGCCCGGCAAAGCCCGUCCAGCCACAGCACUUCUCUGUCUCCGGCAUACGGUGCCGUGCCUUCCGCCAUCUGGCAGAAUGGACACCGCGAUGGCAGCAGCAAUGGCAGGGACAGCAGAUCCAACCACCUGGCCAGCGACAAACCACAGGAUAAGCUGAGCCCGCUUCCGGCUUCACCAAGCGCAGGGACAUCACUGUCGCCUCACCCGAAGGAUCGCCAGGCCCAGGGUACCAUUAACAGGAGCCCAGGCAGGCAAACGGAUGCCACAUCCGAGGAUGAGGAGCACCGAGCUGCCAGGAGGUCGACGUCGGCGUCCUCUGGCAAACGCGGCCAUCGGCACAGGGCGCCCAGGAAGAGCUCUCACUCACCGGCCCGCAGCAGCGACUCCGGCCGCUCCCAACACUCCCAGACUCUGAAGAACAAGGGGAGCCAGGUGAAAAAGACGAGAGGUGUCCACUCCUCGAAGAGGCGUCGUCGCAGCCGUCUCCACGCCCGGCACCGGAGCCCCUCGGCUUCUUCGGGCCGACACAGGCGGCACGUGGCCGGCCGCAAAGAGAGCUCAUCCCGUAGUUUGCGGCAGCGCAGCUGCUCCUGGAGUAGCGGGCGCUCCGCUUCAUGUUCCCGUUCACGGGAGCAUGGCAGCAAGGCUAAGUCCCCCCACUCCCGGCAGAACAACUCCAGGGAGAAAGAUGGCACACACCACACGGACGCGGAAGGCAGGACCCGCCGCCGUUCGCGCAGCUACUCCCCCAUACGCAAGAGGAGGCGUGACUCGCCUAGCUUCAUGGAAGCUAGGAGAAUCACAAGGUGCCCCGAGGACUACAGACAGAGGAAUGCAACUGAGCUGCAGCGCCAGGAAACGGCCUAUCCCGUACUACAGGCCCAGCCCAUCGUCCUCCAGCUACAUGAGCAGCCAGUCCGCUUCCAGCCGCAGCCGCAGCUACAGCUACAGCAGCUACAGCCGGAGCAGGAGCCGGAGCCAGAGCCGGAGCCGCUCGCGAAGCCCCAGCCGCAACCACAGCUACUACAGCCGCAGCAGUUCGGAGAGUCCCGGCUUCUGAUGGGCUUGCAGCCCCUCCAGCGCAGGUCCAGCCUCGCCAUCCAGGAGUUCAGCCACGCGCGGUCCUCCUUCGACCCCGCUCUUAGGAUGUUUCGCCCCACACGCAGGCCGUCUUCAUAAGCAACAGAUCGUACAUAUUUUAAUCCGUUAAAAUACUUUUAAAUGUUAAUAUUUGAGAAUUACGAGUCACUAUGCCUGAGCAGAGCACUUUAUUACGGUAUUUUUAUUAUUCAUCGUCAGCGGUUUCAUGGAUUUGCGAAACAAGACGGCACAUCUGCAGCGCUGCGGUUUGCAGGUUGAUGUCUCCAGUAUGUCUGCGCGCUUUUCUUUUCGUCUUUUCAAGACAAAGCAAACGACAGCAGCGGGGGCAGCUCGGGUCGCUCUUCUAAGGAUCGGUUCACGGAGGGAAAUCUAGGCCCGAAUCGCUUUAGGGAGCCGUGGCGCGGCAAAAAAAAAAAAGGUCGUGACGAAUAACCGGAUCGGACAGUGGCACUUGAUCAGGAAUGUGAGGCUUUGAGCGCGGACGCCGUAGAAACAACCCUCGCUGCGUCAGCGAUGAGCAGGGAUGCAAGCAGCAUACUGCAGCAUCGGCGGCUCAUCCCUCGUCUUGUUUUAUUUCAAACAGGAGCCAAGAUCACGCAGCAGAGGUUUUAAAGACGGCCAGCCAUGUGAAAUUAAAGCUCUGACUACUGGACGCAGUUUGGAAGAGGACUGCUUGUCUCUGGGACUACUUGACAAACAGAGGAGCUCAAAGAACAAAACGAAAAGCACUUUCGACCUGAAAUGCUUCCGCGUAGCAAAAAUUAAACCAAAAUAAAAAGAAAAGAGUCGAGACAAAACACGGAUACUUCCACGUAACAUUAUUUAGAGGGAAAAACACGACGACGGAUAAAGAAUAACGAACAAACGCAGGAGACGCAGACCAUCUUUUGCCCCUUCUUUUUUAAUGUGACUUCAUGUUUUUAACAUCGGAACAAUCAAGUACAAGAACAAAAGAACUGAGGUGCGUUAAGGCGCUGCGUUUUAUAGAAGUACACUAUGUACGCGUAUGUCAGGCUGUCUUGUAUGAAUUGAACAGUUAACGCUGGCUGUAAACUAUGCACUGUAUAUACCAUGUUAUUUAAGAGUUUUGUUUUUUUUGUUUUUUUUUUUUUUUUUGUUUUUUGUUUUUGCCUUUGUGGAUCUUCAGCAUGCUGCACCCAGGACAGAGGCUAUACUCUGUUUAGAACCCCUGUGGCUUUUCUCACUGCAGGAGAGCCCGUAACUGUCCUUUUAAUUCCAAAUUCAGUGACUUGGUUCCGUCUCUGACGCUGAGCUUCUUCGGAAGGCACGCAAAAAUGCCACCGUUCCCAUUUUUUAGAUUUCGCCGAAGCGGUUUUAGCUUUUUGGAAAUAACGUGUAUUUGACACCUUUAAAUACCCAGCGUUAGAACAUUGUACAGCGGAUUAUUUUUUGGCUUUUUUUGUUUAUGACCAGAAUGUCAAAGUACAAAAAAACCAGGCCAUAGUACUGUAUUUGUGUUCGACCGAUCUAUUUAUUUGUUUGUUUGUUUGUCAGUUUGUGUGUUUAUGUAUUAAUUUAUUGAUCCGUUUAUUUAUCUAUCUAUUUAUUUACUGGGUUUGUAAAAGCAAACUUUCAGUCAGCUCAUGUAUUUGGAGAAAAAGUGCUGCAAAUAUAUACACGAUUUUAGUAUUUAUAUAGAAAAAAGAGAAAUUUAAUCAAGUUAAAUCCAAAGCCUUUUAAAUGAUUUCUCUUGAAUUUGCAAUUAUGCUUUUGCAUCUAGUGGAAAAACAAAGUUUUGCAUUCGACAGAGAAGUACACUGAACAGGGCGCCCCUUUACGUGGAUUGCAACUGCUAUUGUGUGCGCGGUGUGGUCUUCUCUAAUCCCAGACAGGGUUAGGCAGCCCAACGAAGGCGGGGUGUUGCAGCAUUAGACACCCGCACCCACGCCCCACACUUGCGGCGAGUAGGUUGACAAUGUCCGCGGUCUGCGUCCGGACGCUCCGUUGGCGGCGCCUGCCUCGGCUCUCCAGGUACGGCUGGCCUUUCACCUUGUACAGAAACAAAGAGGUUCUCAGACCGGUGUCUCGGACCUUUCGCAUCAUCAACCCGAACACCGGCGCUGCAAUCAGGGAACUUUCAGUCUUCCUAAUCGUUUUAUCGGUCUUGUUCGCCCUGUGUGUUACAUUUUAAUAUGUAACCAGAGUUAUGAUGAAUAAAAGACACCGAGUAGUACAGUAUAACAGCUCUCACCUUGGGAUUGUAUAAAAAAAGUCAGUAGUUGUUGUGCACUAGUUAUUAUACAGAAUAAUAAAGUAUAUACAC